AUGGCUGUUUCUGUUUGUGCACCAAAAGUACUUGUCUCUUGCACAACAAGUUUCCUACUCCUGCUCAUGGCUUCAUUGUCGAAAGCUGUGCUGGAUGCUCAUUACUAUGACCACACAUGCCCACAGGCUGAGAAGAUAAUCUUAGGGACAGUUUACGAGGCAUCCAUGCAUGAUCCUAAGGUUCCACCUCGAAUCCUUAGGAUGUUCUUCCAUGACUGUUUCAUAAGGGGAUGUGAUGCGUCGGUCUUGGUGGACUCAACUCCAGGGAACCAAGCAGAGAAAGAUGGCCCUCCAAAUAUCUCACUUGCAUCAUUUUACGUGAUUGAUGAUGCCAAAACUAGGCUUGAAAUGGCAUGUCCUCAUACAGUUUCUUGUGCUGAUAUAAUUGCCAUUGCAGCAAGAGAUGUUGUAACCAUGACUGGGGGACCGUAUUGGAAUGUACUGAAAGGAAGGAAAGAUGGAAGGGUAUCAAAAGCAUCAGAAACCAUAAACUUGCCAGCUCCAAGCUUCAAUGUAACCCAACUCAUUCAAAGCUUUGCCAAGAGAGGAUUAGGAGCCAGAGAUUUGGUUGCUCUGUCCGGAGGCCACAGCCUCGGCUUUUCACAUUGUUCUUCUUUCGAGCUCCGGCUACGUAACUUCAGCUCUGUGCAUGACAUUGACCCCACCAUGAACGACGAGCUUGCGCAGAAUCUGAGAAAGAAAUGCCCAAAACAAAACAAGAAUCGCAAUGCCGGGGAGUUCUUGGACUCGACAUCAUCAACUUUUGAUAAUGAGUAUUACAGAAGGCUGAUGGCAGGGAAAGGUGUUUUUGGAUCGGAUCAAGCACUUUUUGGUGAUUAUAGGAGUAGGUGGAUUGUUGAAGCAUUUGCAAAGGAUCAAAGCUUGUUCUUUAGGGAGUUUGCGGCUUCAAUGAUCAAGCUAGGGAACGUUGGGGUGAUUGAGAAAGGUGAAGUGAGAGUUAAAUGCCGAGUGGUAAAUUGAGAGAGACUAAUUAAGUCUAUUUUUUUUUUUUUUCUUCCUUUUGUGAUUCCCUCUUUAUAAUCAUGCAAAUGAUCUCGUUACUGAGUUUUCUUUGAAAUUUAAUAA